UGGGUGAGCCGGUCAAGGAUCGAUUCAGACUAAGUAGUAAAUUUUAUGACAAGUAAACAGUUUAUUCAGAGUGAAAAUAUGUAGUACAGCGUAAUUACGGCUCUUCCGUUAGUUCGUGUUGGAACAGCAGGCAGAGAGCGAGUAAACAGUCAGCACAGCCCUUAUAUACGUCACAGAAAGUAGGUUGACUCUAGGAAGAUCGGAUCUCCGGAUUGGUUCAGCUGGUUGUAGUCUGUAGUCUUCCGCCAUUGGCUCAGUUGUCUGUCCGUCAUCGUAGAAUCUUCUUCGGGCACACAGUGUUCGGUUAAAAAAAAAGGAGAUUAUGUGUGUAAUGUGGGAGCUAUCCUGUAGGGGACCCCACAGGCUUUACUGUGAAAAAUGCGUUGCUAUGUGUUGUCUCAGUUAUAACAAUGCAAUAGCCAUGUAUUUAGCAAUAGAUUGGUCUCCUGCAUAAUAGCAAUUCUUCACAUGAUUUAACUACAGCAGCUUCCUCCCCGGUGUCUGCCUCGCCCUCGCCUGAACCACAGAACCUUUGCGUAUGAACCGUGAGCUGCACCAUGGCGCAGAGUCAACAUGAUAUAAACCACAUGUAUGCUCCAUCAUCUUACUCUUGUAGCAGGGAAAUGUACCAGGACCAAUCAACCUACCUGGCAACCUCGACCUGCCCCAUGUCCUACCAACAGCCGUUCCACUCAUACACGUCACCAAAGUCGACAGUGGACAGUGCGCUCUUAACCAUCAUGCCUGACUACAGCGGGUUCUACCAGCAAAAUUGCCAACGAGACAUCCAGGCUUUUCCUGACAGGAAAGUGUUACCAUAUUCACUGAACUCGCUGAGGCUUCCACCACCUCUGACACCUCUGAACACAAUAAGGAAUUUUACACGUGUGGGACCUGCGACAGAGGGCCCUUGUCAACCCAAUUCCUACAACACUCCAAAUGUACCCCUGAGGCCAAUACCGAGGCCGAGAAAGUAUCCAAACCGCUCGAGCAAAACGCCUGUCCAUGAGCGACCAUACCCUUGCCCGGCAGAGAGCUGCGACAGGAGGUUCUCUCGGUCGGACGAGAUGAGCAGACACGUCAGAAUCCACACAGGGCACAAACCCUUCCCAUGUCGGGUCUGCAUGCGCAGUUUCAGUCGCAGCGACCACCUCACUACGCACAUCCGCACACACACUGGAGAAAAACCAUUUUCUUGUGACCACUGUGGAAGAAAGUUCGCCAGGAGUGAUGAAAGAAGGAGACAUACGAAAAUCCACUUAAGACAGAAAGAGAAAAAGUAAUCAUAAUGACCCUGGCAUAAUUGGUUUGAACAUUCAGCCACAAUGUUUCCAUGCAGUCCAAAAAUAAUUGUAUAACAUCCAAAUCACAUUCACGCUGAAUUUAGCAGACAUGGUUAACUAGGGCGACUACUGAAUGUGGAUAUAAGGUGCUGAAUGAAUAACAUCAUAAAUGGACAGGGCUAUCACGUGUAUAUUAUAGACGUUAGGCAUAGAGCCAGUUAGCCAUAACUUAACUGUAAAUGUGCACAAACACUAGUGCUCAAGAUAGAACGUGUUUCAAUAGAGCAGGUUAGGAAACAGUCAUAGAGAUGCUGAAUAGCAGGCAAGGAGUAAGAUUCAACGCUAAUACUAAAGAGAAUCAGCCGGCAAGUAGAUUCUCUUUUGCCCGUGUUUAAAGAGCAGCUGAAAAAAAGAUGAUACCACAAUAGAUGAGACUGUGAUGGGCAUCCCUGCAUUUUAGCUGGAAAGGAGUGCAAUGACCAAUAUCACAGAGUCUAGAGGUCUGUUCUGCUGAAUAUCAUCACCAUUCUGAGAGUGGGGGCUUGACUCCCAUGUGUGCAAAAACUGGAAGCUUUGUACAGUGUCUGUCAAGAGAGACAAUUAACUGAAUUGAUUAACCUGCUGUUUGAUAACUUUUUUAAAUCUCCUGUUACUUGUUGGAUAAAGAUGACAGAGUAACAAACAAUUGAUGCCACUUAGCCUCUCAGCUGUAAGAUCAUUACAGAACAUAACAAAGGAGAAAAACUUUGAUACUUUUAUUUUACGUGUGUUUUACACACUGAGUAUUGAUAUUUAACUGACUUGAUGCUUCUUACAAUAAAUGUAGAAUAUUUUGACGUUGUUGGCAUAAAGAAAACUGCUUGUUUGUUAGUGUGCUUGUGCAUUGUUCCACAAAUGUAUUCUUAAUUAGCCUAGUACAAAUUAAAUUACUGGGCAAAGGACAUGGUUGAAUAUUUUAAACAACAAUGAAAUCCACUCUGUGUUGUAGAAUAUGUAUUUUUGUCUUAUUUUGGUCAUUUGAAAGUAGGCUAUAGGCUAUUGUAUAUAAACUCAGCAACAACAAAAGAACAUCCUCUCACUGUCAAAUGUGUUUAUUUUCAGCAAACUUUUUUAACAUGUGUAAAUAUUUGUAUGAACAUAAACAAGAUUC